AUGGCAAUGAGUCAUGGUUCAUCGAUCUUGGUUGGAUCAAUAAUUUAUAUGGUCUUAGGAGUAGCUGCAUGUUUUGGGUUCAAUUCUUAUGUUUCUAAAAAAACAAAAAAUCCCCAUGAUGUUCCUGAAAAUAGAACAAUAACUCUUGUAAGUGUGACUAUUGCUACAUUUUGUGCUUGGUUAAUGUGGGUGGUCGCAUAUAUGGCAUAAAUGAAUCCAAUAAUUACACCAGAAUGGGAAAAUCAUUAACCAAGUUAAAAAGAUUGAGUAUUGUAUUCGCAUUUCAUAAAAUAAAUUAAAUUAUUUACUUA